AAGCUGCUCUUGUGUGAUGGUGGGAGGAAAGAUGGAGUAGUUAGGCUGGGUAAUGUAGGCUCUUCUGUCAGAAGCGAAUGUCUUCAGAAAAUCAAUAGUUCCUUGUAAAGGCUGCAUAGAACCUGAGGACCACUGAAGGGAAUUGAGAGACGUGGAAGCCUAUGCAGGAACAACCUGUAGGAAAGGUGUGGACUUGUUUUUAGUAUGCCCUGGGACAUCACCUGGGAAAGACAGCUGUUGGGGAUAACAUGCGAAGCUCCCUUUCUUUACAGGAUUUCACAAUAAGGUUCAUAUGUUGAUGUUCCAUUAGCUGCCCUAAAGAAGACCUCUGUGUCCAUACCAUUCUCUAGUUCUUACCUGUUUUGAUUCAUCCCUUACCUCUAUAAAAACAAUAUAGUAUCCAUUUCUACAGCUCCCUUUGUUGUUUUUCAUGGUGUUUCAUGGUCUUUGGACAGCUGUUAUAGAUGACGCUAUGGGAGAGAUGGCAGUAUAGAAGGAACCCGCAUAGAAGCAACCAGAAGAAAAACAUUGACCAUUACUAAACAACAAAGGGCACAAUCCUAUGCAUGUUAAGACAGAGAAAGUCCUACAGUUCUAAGUCCUAAGAUACCCAACCUCUUGAUUUAAGAGUGGGGAGGUUGUAACAAUUUAAAUCAGAAUGUGAGUCAGAAAUGUUUACUGAUAUACUGCAGAUUUUGAGGUUAACCAAGCAGCAUAUCUUGAUCUACCCUCUGUCCACAUCUGUUCUGACAGUUUGCACUACUUUCAUUAAUCAGUAGUUACUUUUAGAUCACACUACAAAUGCCCUGCCAAGCUACUGACCUCCAGCCAUUGAUCAGCCUCUUAGGCAACUGAUUAUGGUUUAGUGGUGUGUGUGUGUAUAUAAAAAUAGAAAUUACUGGAAGAAACCAGCCUCAUUUCCAUUUUUGUGCAACUGAAGCCAUGAAGGUUCUCUUAGCUGCUCUGGUUUAUAUUCCAUCUAUCACAGCUCUCACAAGGAUCCAGUUAGCUCGAUUUCCAUCUAUCAAAACAACACUUCGACAGAGUGGAGGACUGAAAGACUUUUGGACAGAUCAUGAACCUGAUAGUUUUGCUCAGAAGUACACACGAUGCUUCCCUUCAGUCACUAAUUUGUCUGCAGGACUUACGAAAGAGCGGCUUUAUGAUUACAUGAAUGCCCAGUACUAUGGAGAGGUGAGUAUUGGCACGCCGCCUCAGACCUUCACCGUGGUGUUUGACACUGGCUCCAGUAACUUUUGGCUUCCGUCGAUUUAUUGCUCCAGUGAUGCUUGCAGGUGUCAUCGAAUGUUCAAGCCAUUUUUGUCACAGUCCUAUGCAUUUGGAGGGCAAGUAUUUUCUUUGGAAUAUGGCACUGGGAGUCUCAUGUGUAUCGCUUCCAGAGAGAAAGUACAGAUUGGCAACAUUACCAUUGAGAACCAAGACUUUGGAGAGUCUGUUCUGGAGCCUGGCCUCACCUUUGUCCUUGCAAAAUUUGAUGGAGUGAUGGGCCUUGCAUAUCCUUCCCUGUCGGUGCUGAAUGCAGUUCCGGUCUUUGACAAUAUGAUCAAGCAACGUUUGAUCCAGAAACCAGUGUUUUCCUUCCUCUUGAACAGAGGAGGUGAUGCUAAGAAUGGAGGUGAAUUGAUAUUUGGGGGCAUAGACCACUCCCUUUACAAUGGAUCAAUUCUCUGGGUUCCGGUCACUCGGAAAAAAUAUUGGCAAAUUCGUAUGAACAAUGUGAAAAUCCAGGGAAAGAUAGUAGCAUGUAAGCGUGGCUGUGAUGCCAUUAUCGAUUCGGGUACUUCUCUUAUUACUGGACCAUUCUCACAAAUAAAAAGAAUACAAGAAAAUAUUGGAGCUGUGCCAACUCAUGCUGGAGAGUUUUCUGUAGACUGCAGAAGACUAUCUAGUCUACCCCCAGUAACAUUUACCAUCAAGCAACAAGAGUUCACAUUAACCUCAGAGCAGUAUGUCCUUAAGGACACCACUGGAAGACAAAGUUUGUGUAUCAGUGGCUUUCAGGUUAUGGAUAUUGGCACCGGCAAUGCACAAACAUGGAUUUUGGGAGAUGUAUUUAUCGCAGCUAUAUAUUGUAUUUUUGAUCGUGGGAAUGAUCAAGUUGGAUUGGCUCAUAGAGUUGGGUAGAAUGAGCACAGGGAGUAGAAUGAACUGCUGAAGAUAACUCUGCCCUAUAUAACAUGAGCAAAAAUAAUUUUAAGGAAGUCAUUGGGGAGGGAGAAUGGGAAAGGUCUGAAUUACUAAGACUUGAAAUUCUGGAGUCAGCUAUCCUAGAUGGAUUUCUAUCUCUGCAUACUCAGUUAAGGCCUAAUAUAUUAUUGAAUCAAUAACUUGAAACCUCAUCAUUCUGCAAGGAGCCACAUUAUAAACUACCCAGUGAAGUAUUUAAAAUCAUUAAGGUCACUCCUAUGACCACUAGACAGUCUGAAUGGCCAUAGGUAAAUUCAGAGUCCCAAUUCUGACCUCAGAAAUGUACUCCAAGGUGGCAGGUGGGAUUCUGAAUUAGAAGCGCCCUCCCUCCACCUUCGCAGUGGGCAUGGAAAGAAGCAGAAUACUGACCUUGGAGCCAGGGCAGGGUGGGGGUUCUCCUAGGUGGUGGGGAGGGGAACAGUGACGCUCCGCCCGAGUAUGAUGUAUCCCAGCAGCAGCUUAGUCUGCUGUCCUCUGAAGCAGGCACAAAAGGCUUGUGCAGGUGACAACUGGCUAUCUAAGUCUUUUGUGGGGCAGGAGAAGCACAGAAGCAGCCUUUGGGUCUGCGCUUCUUCUGCCCAUGAUGAGAUGUCCAUACUUCUCUGGGUUGCCUGCCGUAUAACCCAGUCCUAGGCAUGCUUACUGGACAGAAAAUCACUUUACAAGUGUGCGCGCGCGUGCACGUGCACAAAGGGGUGACAGAAGCAGAGGCUUCCAUCGCCCCAUUGCCCCACUUCACCUGUGGGUUUUCACAGGGGAUCCAGGCAAUGUUGCCUUCUACUCAUAACCUUCCCUUUCCUGUCUUUCCCCAUCAAUUCUUCCUUUGACUUUCCUUAUCACUGAAAACCCAUUAAGGAAAGAAAAGAGGAUAGAAUACCUGCAGAAUUGAUAGCCCCCCUGGGAUUGCAAACAAGCCAGCCCUACUGAACCAUCUGAUAAAUCUCUUGACUUUUCACUAGGAAUUGUCAAGACAGUAAGCAGGCGGGAACCCUGCUAAUAGGCUGAAGCAACUGGUGCCUUAGUCAGAGUUUGCCAGGCACCCUCCAUAUUUGUUGGAGAGCAAGUCUCCCUUGGCUCUGCUGGCUGGGAAUUCUGGGAAUUGCUGUCCAACACAUCUGGAAGGAACCAGGCCCGGGAAGAGUUACCUAGUUCUUUUCCAGCUAUCUUGUUUGUAUUCUGUCCUGGGUCACCGUCACAUUCCCUUAGGGCCACUUUGGUUGUCAGGUGCUCCUAAUGCCUAUGGAUCCAUGGACAUAUUUGAGUAUUUGAGACGCUGCUUUGGACACCAUCACAAAAUGGUUUCCAUAGAUGAGGUGGCUAAUCAUGUAAUAUCUGCUGUGGAGACCUGGCUACUUAAAAGUGAGCUGAAGGAGGUGGUUGCUGGUGAGAAAAAGGGAGGGUAGAGACUGGGAUGAGAGAGAAACUGAAAAGACAGACUAGAAAGGGAGAGAAAGAAGGCUAUCCCAACUUUUUCCAAGGUUCUUAUGGUAAAAAUUCUUUUCAAGUGGUCAGGAAGUGUAGAACUUUUGGGGCACCUUUGGAGGUUCCUGCAGGUGCCACAUUGGGGAUACCUGCACUACACAGAUAAACAGAUUUUUCAUACUGUACUAAUGUUUGCCACCAAACAUGUUAACAGGACUUUCCCAUAUUUGACAGAAAAAAUCUGUGCAGGUAUAUGAAACAUACCUAAGUGGAAAAGGGAGAAAAAUUACUGGCAAACUAGAAUUCCCUUCCUCCCGUUAAUGGUAAGGGGAAAAGAAGCCAGGUUUGUCUGGAACAAGUCUUUGUGUUGUCUUAUAGGUAGGUAGGCCAACUAAGACUGCAGUCUAGUGCAUGCUUACAGGAAAGUAAGGCUUGUCUCAUUGGGGUGGUAUCAUAGCUCAGUGGUUAGAGCACUUGUUUACCAUGCAGAAGGUCCUCAGGUUUAAUCAUCAACAUCUCCACUAGGGCUAUAAAAUCUGCUGCCUGAAGCCCCGGAGAACCAUUGCCAGGGUGAGAUGAGCCAAUCACCUGACACUAUAAGGCAGCUUCCUAUGUUCCUAAGGAGACAAGUGUCUGGAAUGUCUCCCUUGCAAGGUGGAAGAGCGAGCAUCCUAGCCAAGGUUGUUUCCGCAGUGCAAUUAGAGAUGCAGACAGGCCCAAAAGCAAUUUUAGCUUCCCUUCUGAAAAUGUCAAGUCUCCCAGCUUCAAAUCCAGUUGUGCACCAUCCCUUCCACACCUCUAUAUUCCUGCACAGUGUAUUUUGUAAAUGUGUUCAGAGCCCUCAUGAUCACAGUCCAUAAUGUAACACCGCAUUUCUUACUCAUGCCCACUUUGCUUAUUGGAUCUGGUUCUGAAGUCAAAUGUACAGUAAAUUAAAUUUGAUUGAGAAAAUGA